GGAGUGAUCAGCGCUGUUUGUGGCUUUUCAGUGUCGUGUACGCCUGCUGAUCAGCGCGGUACUACCAUGGCCACCUCCAGCCAGCUGGUGGUUCCCAUGACACUGUGGGGAAAGAUUGCCCCCACACACAGCGUGUCAUCUAUCUUCUUCACAAAGGACCAGAAGAUUAUCGUUACGGGCUCCAACGAUGGCCAGAUAUGCAUCUGGGACAUUGUGGACGGCGCGAAAAUUGUGCCACGCAGCAUGCUUUUCGGCCACACUGGUCCAGUUCGGUGCCUGGCCUGUGCCUCUCCAUCUGGUGAAGGCUCUUUGCUGGUCAGCUCUUCCGAGGCUGGUGAACUGUCUUUGUGGGACUUGACGGACGGCACGUGCCUGGAGAGCAACAUGCUUCCCUAUGUUCACACAUAUAUGCAGUCCCAUAUGCUUUCCGGGGGUGAAAGCUCUUAUCUGUUUUGCAACGGCUACUAUCCGGACGUCGUCAUCCUCGACACAAUGACUUUAACUGUGGCCUUCCAGCUAGCGUCACGCGUUUACACGGACUGGAUCAACGCCAUGCAUGUUAUGCGAUCGCAUAAACGUAAUGAUGAUGUCGUCGUAGCCCUCAACGCUUCUGGCGUGGCCAAGGUCUGGAGUCUGUCGCCUGAUGAUUACAGGUCUCACAGCCCACUGUACGAGAGCGAGUCCAAGACUCUCAAGUGCCUGAACACCCUGUGCCUGACGUGCUGCGCAUACAACCAGCGCACAAUACUUGUGGUGACGGCCAAUUGCUGGCAUAUCUAUGAUGCAUAUGACUUUGCGUUGCUUUGCUCAUUGGACAACCGGCCGGGUGAGCGGUGGAUGGGAGGAGAGUUCAUCUCUGCUGACCGUGUAUGCGUGUGGAGUGACAAGGGUCGAGGUUACCUUUAUCAGCUGCCGGCCAAUUCCAUUGUUGACAACGAAGAGUUUCGAACCAGGCCCAACUCCGAAGACAGCGCUUUUCUCAUCUGCGUGCUCGCUGUUCCCAAUGAUAAGAUGCUCGUGGGCCCUCCUGCAAUGGGGUACUCCUUGGGCACACGGGGUGGCUUUCACAAAGUGCUCCUGAGAGGAGACUCAAAUGGACGUGUCGUUCUAUGGAACGUCGUGGACAUUGCCACUUCCGAGGUAGCUCGCAUUCGCCAAGAUGCAAAUGCCGUUGUUCAAAAGGAACCUUUCCUGAGCCUGGCUUUGCAAGAGGCUUGGGAUGAAAUGAGACCUUCACCCCCUGGAAUAUUGGACAAAAUGGAGCUGUCUGGAGAAAGCGGUGAGCUGACACUCACGGCCAGCGUCUACCUGCCCCUGCAAGGACGCCUGGUGGUUGGAAGGGAAGACGGCAGCAUCGUUGUCAUGUCGGCCACACAAGCCGUCAUGCUGCAGCUCCUCUACGGGAAGCAACACCAUGACGACCAACCACAGCUGCAAGUACUGCACGGCCACGCUGGUCGGGUGACAUGCCUGCUGUAUCCACACCACGUGCACGCGCGCUACGAGACUGCCUACCUGGUGUCGGGAGGCAUGGAUUUCUCAGUCUGUCUGUGGGACUUGAACGCGAGCACUCUGCUGCACCGAUUCUGCGUCCACGCGGGCGAAGUCACACAGCUUCUCGUUCCGCCGAAUGAGGGCAGUCCACGAAUUCUCCAGAGCAUCUGCAGCGUGGCCAGUGACCAUUCUGUGGCGCUGAUGAAUCUGAAGGAACGCAAGCUCAUCUUGUUGGCCUCUCGGCACCAGUUCCCUGUCAGUGCGGUCAAAUGGCAACCUUCGCAAGACUACAUGAUGGUCAUCCUCUCGGACAGCUCUGUCUAUGUGUGGGAGAUGGAGACCGGCCUCCUGGACCGGGUGGUGCAGGGUCUGUCAGCAGAGGACGUUCUGAGCGCGUGCGACGAUUACACCGGCCAGCCGGGAGAACGCACGGCGAAUGUGGCGGUGCGUCAUCGUAACAUGUCUGCCGUCCGACAAGCCGGUCAGCGAGGAGUGCACCAUCAGCGCCACUCAUCGCACCACCGCACUCCCGGACACCAGCACGGAAUGGGCCAUGAAGCAGGCGACAGUGUCCACACUCGCUCCCGGGCACAUCCGCUCAUGAUCCAGGGGCUAAGGACCAACCACAUGGAUCAGUUCAGCCACGUGCUCUUCUUCGACAUUGAGGCACUCAUCGUGCAAAUGCAGUCCGAGCAGCAUACGGGAUCAUUGCCCUUGGAGUCGCAGAGCCUCACCAAGGCCGAGUACCAGAAAUACCUCGCCACGUCCGCCACAUCACCCGAGACACACAAGAAGUCAUCAGGUUUCAUUGACAUAAUAAGAGACACCGCAGAGACUGCAGCAUCGAAAAUCCAAGCCACGGCGGAGAGUGCAGCAUCGAAAAUCCAAGCCACGGCAGAGAGUGUUGGCAUCCCGACAUUUCAAGCUCUUGGAGGCACCAAGCUCGAAUAUGCCAAGAGUGCAGCGGCAGUGGAAGCCAGUGCCAAGCUGAAGCACCUCAGCCUGGCCGAAAAAAACCUGACCAUGGAGGUCUCUCAGCUGUUGCUGUCCCUCCUGCAUGCUUGGGGGCUCGACCCCGACUUUGACAAGGUGUGCGAAAGCAAACUGGGCCUAGUUUGCCCCAUGCGACCCAUCUGUUUUGGCCUGCUGUCACGGGGAACCCACAUGAGCCUGCUGCUGCCCACCCACAUAUACCGCACACUACCCCGCUCCCAGAAGGCUGCGCCUAUCAGCAAGGAACGCAAGGUGGUUACCAUGCCAGUGCCCAGGGAGCAGAUUGAAGAGGAGGAGCGGGCUCGGCGCUUCUCGUCGAAAGGCCACUGGGAAUUGUCGACGGCUGUCACGACCAAGCACCUGCUUUCCAUAAUUGCGCUGGCCAACUCGCUCAAGUCCAUGAAAGGAGCCACCUUCGUACCCGAGCAGGAGAAGCGCCGGAAGCUGCACAGGCGACUGAGCCGUGCGGACAGCCGUGCCUACAUGAUGACACCCGGGGAAACCGGCGCUGGCGGCGUAGACAGCAGUGGCGCCUUGUCCGUGCUCCAGGAGGCGCUGUCGCAACAGCAGGCAGACAUCAAACAGGGCUGGAGCUUGCUGGCUGCGCUGCACUGCGUCCUGCUGCCUGAUCUGGUGCAGACCCCCGAAUACAAGCAGCCGCAGGUCGAAAUGCUUGCCCGCCGGUGGCAAGACCGUUGCCCUGAGGUGCGGGAGGCAGCCCAGGCGCUUCUGCUCGCGGAGCUUCGGCGCAUCGGCGCCAAGGGCCGCAAGAUGGUUGUGGAUGAGUGGGCCGUUUACCUGCCAAACUACGGAGAGCGCUCCGUCGCCCCGCCCUAUGCCUCGAACGCUGCACCCAGCGCGCCGGUACCUCAGCCGGGACAGGCAGCACAGCCGGCGCCCAAAGCUUCUGCGGGGAGCCCGAACGCUGUUGCAAUCGAGGGUAGUAUUGCGAGCUUCCAGGUUGGGGGCGCUGCUCCUAGCCGGGCCUCCUCUGGAGGAAGCACACCCUCGGGCGUCCAAGCCAAGGCUGAAACACCGUCGCGAUCCAGCGAUGGGCAGAUCUCGUUAGAGGAAGAAGACGAGGAGGAGAGAGAAGGUGGGAAGGCGACCACGAAGCACUCCUGGAGUGCUGCCGAGGCCCGCCGUAAGCAGUCGACAGCUAUCGUUCUUCUGGGUGUGAUCGGAGCCGAGUACGGCCACGAAAUCGAACAGAGCAAGCGGAAGGGCAUUGACGACAAGAAGAAGUCUAUCGUGGAUGGAUUUGGACCCAUCAACUAUUCUCUCGCGUGGCACACGAGUCAGGCACUGGCACACUUGCUGCUGGCGCCUGCAUCUUCAGCUGUUCCCACGCACUCGUCGCUACGCCGAGCGGCCAUUGACCUGAUCGGCCGCGGCUUCGCGGUCUGGCAGGCAUACAUGGACGUGUCCCGUGUGCUGCUAGGCCUGUUCGACCUCUGCUGCGAUGCGGAUAAGCUAUUGCCCAGGAUGUCGUACGGGCUGUCGCUGACACCGGCGGCAGACACUUGCCGCACGGCGCGGCACGCGCUGUCCCUGAUCGCGACGGCGCGUCCGCCGACGUUCAUCACGACGCUGGCGCGCGAGGUGCGCCGCUACACCAUGCUCGCUCAGGACGCGCAGUCGCUCAACAUCUCGCUCCAUCAGACGGUGCUGUGCCGCGCGCGCCCCGAGAUUUUGCGCAUUGUGGAUAUGCUCAUCAGCAAGAUGCAGACGGAGGUGGCCGACCUGAUCGCUGAGGUGAUGGAGAUCGUGCUUCACUGUGUCGACCCCACCCAGCUGAAGAUGCACGGACUCCAUGAAUUGUUCCCACCAAUCUGCAGAUUUAACAUGGUCAGCUACUGCAGGGCAACGCGGCGCAUUGCUGUUGGGUGCAAGAACGGCAACGUCACCAUCUUUGAACUGAAGGCCUCGAAGUCGCAGGUGACACCGGCCCACUCAGCACCCGUGGACGCCUGCACGUUCUCCCCUGAUGGCAAACACCUGGCCACCUACUCCAACGGGGAGAAUAAGCUUUGCUUUUGGCAGACUGCAGCCGGCCUGUUUGGGCUGGGCAACGCGCAGCCGCGCUGCCUGCGCACCCACAAAACACCACAACUGCCGGACAGCGUGGUUGCCAACCCGCUCAAGAUGGCGCGCCUGGUGUGGGUCACCAGCCGCAUUGUCAUCCUCAUGGUGGCUGACGGCACCGAGCAUCGUUUCACCCUCAACUAAUCCGCUUCAUCCUCUUAGACAUAUUCGCCCCCACCAUUCAACUAAAUUAAAUUCUACUCAAGUUAUUAUUCCAUUUUACAUAACGAAAAAUGCGCAAAAUAUGUUUACAAUACGUUUCGUUACGAUUAAAAUAACUGCGCCGGCGCAUCAUGAUGCGCUUGUCUGUCGUGUUACCGCUAGCGUGUGUCACUUUCUAAGGGAAAAAAGGAUGCCAGAAGUGCUAAGCCCCACUUUGGGGGCAAGGGGGGUAGCAUCAUUGCGGUUCCCAAACU